GUUGUUGCUAGCAGGAGGAAUGGAUGCGAGUUUGUGUCACUUGUUUAUCUGCACUCCGGACAAGAGUAGACGUGAGGGAAAAGAUCCGUUCCUCUGUCACUGUGACAGAAGACAUAAAAAAAGUUUGUGACCUAGCAACAAUGAGAAUCUACAGCAACUUUGCAUUUGCCAGAACACUGAAGAUGGGUUUGCAAUGUUGCUUCUUAGCUUGAGAGUGACUCAGAACUUAAGACCAAAGCAAGAAGGAGUGGAUCAAGAAAGAUUACAAUCUGUCGGCGGACGUGAUCAUCGACAUAAAUGAUUUGGAGUGGAUCUGGAAAAAGUAUGACCCAACAUCCUCCUGUGUAAGUGGUACACAGAGAAAUCUGUCCAAGAUAAUGCUCCCACAACUUAUAUUUAGUUGGCUGGACAAGCACGGCACAAUUUCUAUGUAACGCUGUGCACUGCAACUUACAAAUGGACGGAAGAGCUCCUGCGCACCCCAACCUCAAUUCCACUUAUGGACCUGCUGUCCUUGACAACUCCAUUUCAUCAGAGGAUGAGGAGCGCGAGGAUCAGACUCCAUCAGUCCCCCUGGCCGUACGCUACGCGCCCGAUGAUCGCUACUAUUUGGUCUACAUCAUCUUCUUCCUCAUGGGCAUCGGCGCUCUCCUACCUUGGAACUUUUUCGUCACCGCCAAGAGCUACUGGAUUUAUAAAUUGAGCAGCACCACAGAGGAGCAGCGGUCUGACCUAAGUGACUACUUUGAAAGUUACCUGACAUUUGCUUCUACGGUGCCUUCAGUGCUGUGUUUGAUUCUCAACUACAUUCUCGUGAACAGGGUGUCUGCAAAUGUGCGCAUCCUGUCAUCCCUCUUGGUCAUCCUGCUGGUGUUUUUGGCGACCACUGUACUGGUCAAGGUGGAUGUGUCCCACUGCAGGCUGGAAUUCUUUGUGGGCACACUGGCCAGCGUGGCUGUCAUCAGUGGAGCUUCUAACAUCUUCUGUGCCAGCAUGUUUGGCAUCAGUGGACACUUCCCCAUGAAGAUCUCUCAAGCGCUCAUAUCUGGCCAGGCUAUGGGAGGCACGCUAAGCGCUGUUGCAUCCAUAGCAGACCUUGCACUGGCAGAGGACGUGACAGAAAGCGCCCUGGCGUACUUCCUGACUGCAGACGUCUUCAUCCUGCUCUGCAUCUUUGCAUACCUGUUGCUCCCCAAGCUGGCCUUCUCAAGAUACUACUUGAUGGCUGCCACAAUCAGCAUUCCAGGAGGAGGAGCAGCACCCACCCAAACACCUCCAUUAAGACACAUUCUCAGGAAGACGUGGGUUCUGGGCUUGAGUGUUUUUUGCGUCUUCUGCGUGACCAUUGUGGUGUUCCCUGGGGUGUUGUCUGGCAUCCAAUCCGUCAACAAGGACAGCGGGAGCCCCUGGACCAACACCUACUUUGUUCCCCUCUCCGCCUUCCUCCUGUACAACGUUGCAGAUUUCUGCGGCAGGCAGUCCACCGCCUGGCUGCAGUUACCGGGCCCCACCAGCCGACUUCUUCCCACGCUGGUUGUGUGCCGCUCCGUCUUGGUACCUCUCAUCAUCUUCUGUAACUACCAGCCCAGGGACCAUCUCCAUAUUGUGCUCUUCACUCAUGAUGUGUAUCCUAUCAUUUUCAACUGCCUGUUAGGCUUCACUAACGGCUACCUGGGGACUCUACCGAUGAUCUACGGACCCAAGGUUGUGCCCCGGGAGCUUGCGGAGGCUACUGGAGUGGUCAUGACCUUCUUCCUCUCUCUGGGCCUCACUGUCGGAUCUGUUAUGUCCCUCGUUAUUGUGCAUGCAAUAUGAUUAUGUACUGUGAUUAUGAACCCCUGAUAAGGAACAUACCCUGCAGCGAAAAAUGAAAUUGUGUGCGUAAUUGACGCCCGCCCUAGCAAGGGUUCCAAUUGUCUAUAGAUGUAAUUUUGAUGCCUCGGCACUAUACUGUAGUGAAUUGAAGGGCCUCAAUUCACUACAGUAUAGUGCCGAGGCACCAAAAUGCCACAAGAUAGUGGCAACAACGCAUUACUUUUAAUGGAUUAGUCUGAGCAAAAAAAAAAAAAGGCAAAUAUUGUUGAUGAGAAAAUAUUAAAUUAAUAUUGAAUUAAAUCUGUGAACGCCGAUAAAUCACACUGUUAAUUCGGUGUGACGUAAGACAAAAGCUUUCGCAUCGAACCAGGGAGGAGAAAUGUCUCAAAGGGUCCAAUUUGCACAAUUUACUCAGGGGUGUGCUCCUUUUUGUGUAAAAAGCUGUUUGUUGAGUUCCUUUGAGAGGACAGUCAAUUUAUGCUGCAAAACAAGCGAUUCCCUGACGACAUUGUAGCACUACAAGUAACUCUUCUUCAGUCUUGCCCAUGAAUAGAUAAUGAAUUUUUACAAAAAUCUGAGGGGAAUAUACUCACUUUAGAUACUGUAAACAACAUGAGGAGCAGGUACCACAAGUUUGUGCAAUCCACUAUUACUAUAACUCUAUUUGUUAUACUCAUGGCAUCUAAUCCUCAUUGUUUUUAUAUUACAAUGUUAUAGUUCGAUCUUUUCUUUGUGUAAUUUGCCAACAUGUUAUUAAUGUUCUGUGUGGUUUACAAUUGAAAAGUGGGUUCUACUUAAAACAAUGGCCAAGAGAGGGCGCCAAAGGACAA